GCCCUAACCAUAGUUUCAGCCGGGUCCUGUGUUGUUUUGUUGGUAUUUGUGGUUGUUUUACUUUGGGCAUAACAGCAAGUGCAAAUCUGAUUCCAGGCUGUCCCAGCUCAAAACCUUCAUAAGCUCCUUCACCGGUUCCUGAGUCAAGCCUUCCCAAGCCUUGUUUUGGUGAAAGUCUCCUCUAGGCUCCCUGGGCACCUCCCUCCCGCUCUCCGUCCCCCCACUACCCUGCUCAGUGCACUCACAGGAUGGGAGCUAGCGAGCGGGUACAUACCUGGGCACCGACCAGGGCUGCCUGGUUCCCUGUUGUGAACAGGUCCAGCUCCGCCCCACCCUCCAUCCUCCCAUGCAAACUAGAUUGCCCGAUUUCCUUCAACAGGUCUUCCAUAGGCAAGCGGUCUUUAUUUAGCCGGAGCGUCUCUGUAUAUGGUGAAGUUUCCUUUCUGGGUGGGUCUGUUUCCUUAUUUCUAAAAAUGAAACCCGCAGAUAGGUUUUGUGUCCACAUGCUUUGAGGACAGUUAUCUUUUUGUACGCGCCCCCUCCCCGCCCGCGCAAACAGGCACACAGCACAACCUCCAUAAAAGCUUGUUGAAUGCAUCAUCAAUUUGUGGCUGGUACCCAGUGCUUGGCGCUUAGAGGGCCUCCACAAAUAACUCUUAGGUUUAACUGAAUAUUUGAUGUCUCUAACAAGUGUGUACCUUCCUUGAGAGCAGGAACCAUGCAUUCACUAGGGCCCUGGCGACAGAAGAAGUUAUCAGCUGGGGCCCGGUUCUCAAGUGUUCACAGUGACUCGUUUCACAAAUACUUUUCCCACGUCAGUCAGUACAAAGGUAUUAAAGGUGAGGCAAGAGUGGGGAAUUCCCGGGCUCCCGACGACGUUGCGACAGUGAUGGACUUCCAGGGCUGGGUCCCAGGCAGACCUUUGGCCUUUUCAGUGGUUGUCGCGGACCCGCCCUCUGUUCCCCGGCCAAUCCUGGAAGCCUCCGGCGCCGACCGCCAAUCAAAAGUGCCGCAGGAGCGGUCAUGGGGCUCUGACGUGAUGACGGUCCAGCGAAAAAAUGUCGCGGCGCGGACGGUCCUGUGGCGGGGACUGUGAGGAGGCCAGGCCCCGGGGAGCCGAACCCUCCGGCCGCUGACCGCCAGUGCCAUGGAGGACGAGCAGCCCGACAGCCUGGAGGGCUGGGUGCCGGUCCGUGAGGACCUCUUCGCGGAGCCCGAGCGGCACCAGCUGCGCUUCCUCGUGGCCUGGAACGACACGGAGGGCAAGUUCGCGGUGACCUGUCACGACCGCACGGCGCAGCGGCUUCGGCGGCGGCGCGAGGGCAGCCAGCCGGGGUCCCCGCCUGAGCCCGAGCCCGAGCCCGAGCCCGCGCCCCCUCCCAGCUGGGCCGGCCUGCUCUCGGCCGCCGGGCUCCGCGGCGCGCACCGGCAGCUGACGGCGCUGUGGCCGCCGCUGGAGCGCUGCUUCCCGGCGCUGCCGCCGGAGCUGGAGGCGGGCGGCGGCGGGGCCUGGGGCUUGUGGGGCCUGGUGUGGCCGGCGCGUAAGAGCCCCGGCGAGGCGGCACUGCAGGAGCUGUGCGGGCGGCUGGAGCGCUACCUGGGCCAGGCGGCCGACGGCUGCGGCGGCGCGGCCGUACGUGAUGCGCUCCUUCCGGCCGACGGCGGCGCGUCCGACUGCGAGAGCCUGCGCGCCUUCCGGGAGCGCGCCCUGCGCGCGCGGUGGGCGGAGGCGGGCGCGCGCCUCGGCCAGAUUCUUCAAGGGCAUGAAAAAGCCAGCACCAUGGUAGCAUUAAUGGAAGUUUAUCAAGAAGAAGAUGAAGUGUACCAGGAAUUAGUUACCGUGGCAACCAUGUUCUUUCAGUAUUUACUGCAGCCAUUCAGAGAUAUGCGAGAAGUUGCAACUUCAUGUAAGCUUGAUAUUUUGAAAUCCUUGGAUGAGGAUGACCUGGGUCCUAAAAGGAUAGAGGCCCUGCAGAAGGAAGCCCAGGAAUGGACUAGGCGGGCUGAAGAAGCUAUAGUCUCUAUUCAGGAUAUUACUGUGAAUUAUUUUAGAGAAACAGUGCAAGCAUUAGCAGGAAUGCAGAAACAAAUGGAACAGGAUGAGAAGAGAUUUGGCCAGGCUGCCUGGGCCACAGCAACCCCCAGGUUAGAAAGACUCCAGCUGAUGUUAGCUCGAGAGACACUGCAGCUAAUGAGAGCCAAAGAGCUGUGUUUAAAUCACAAAAGAGCUGAAAUUCAGCAAAAGAUGGAAGAUCUUCCAGAACAAGAAAAAAAUAUAGAUGUUUUAGAUGAAUUAGAAAUACAGUAUUAUGAAGUUCAAUUAGAACUAUAUGAAGUUAAACUUGAGAUAUUAAAAUAUGAAGAAAUACUGCUUAUUACACAGCUGGAUUCUAUUAAAAGACUUAUAAAAGAUAAACAGGAUGAAGUUGUCUAUUAUGAUCCGUGUGAAAGUCCAGAGGAACUUAAAGUCACUGACCAAGUAAUGGAGCUGCAGGAUGAUAAGAAUUUGGAGGUGAAAGAGCUCAGCCGGAGGUGCCAGCAGCUGGAGAGCAAACGGGGCAGAAAGUUCCAGUAUUUUGAUAGUUUGCAUUUUAUGGCAUGUUUCUCACAAGUUUUCCAUUUUCAGAGAUGUCCAGGGCGGUCUGUACUGAAGACCUCUUGCUCAGAACUCAAGGGUCCACACCUGCCAGGUGGACUCGCCCAGCAGACCUCCUUGCGAACGUCUCAGAGGAAGGCGGUCACUCAUCCGUCUGCCAGGAAAACCGGAAGUGCUCCCGUGCCUGAAGUUAGUCACGUGAAAACCCCCAAGUUUCAAGACUGUCCUGGAAAUAUCCCCGUUCAGAUUUUUGUUCCAGCUGGUGACCACACGCACUCCAGAUCCGGGGAGGAAUUGUCACCACCAACACAAUCUCCUGCCCCUCCUCCUCCGCCGCCACCACCGCCACCGCCACCGCCACCGCCAUUACUGCCACCACUGCCACCGCCGCCACCACCACCACCGCCACUGCCAUCACUGCCAUCGCCGCCACCACCGCCACCCCUCCCAGCGUGGUCCUUUUCUUCUCAAUCUGCAAAUCAUCGGAAUUCACAUGUCAGGACUUCAAUAAAAGAGGAUCAGCCACUUUCUCUGGUGUGUGAAUCGCCUGCUGAAGGACCACGUGAUUCCUCAGACAGUUUUAAAUGCUCAGUUUCAGGAUCCAUGGAUGAGGUGUUGGCCGCCUUGAGGCGUGGCAGGACCCCUCUCCAGAAAGUGGAUGUGCCCUCGGCUGCUCCCCGCACCUCAGUCAACGAGCAUAUCCUGGCUGCCAUAAGGCAGGGCGUCAAACUGAAGAAAGUUCACCCUGACCUUGGCAUGAGCCCCAGCAGUAAAGCAACCAGCGACCUGGAGAGGAGCAUCAAGGCGGCGCUGCAGAGAAUCAAGAGGGUGUCUGCCGACUCGGACGAGGAGGAGGAGGAGGAGGACAGCGAUGGGCAGGGCCCCAGCGAUUGGGACCACUGAGCCCGUCUCCAAGGCCUAGGGCGCUGCCAUGGGCUGGGAUGAAGGCACCGGGGCCCAAGGCUUGUUCUUGGAAAGUAUGUGAACAGGGUAGACUGGCCGCAUAGCACCCGGAAGACGAGCAGGGUUGUGUGUGUGACGUCACAGCUUUCUUUUAAUGCUGUGGCUCUUAAAACCAGGGAAGUAGAAACGUGGACUGUCACACACUGAACCGUAGCUGGGAAUUUAAGACCGGUAGUAAGUGUUGCUGGCCUAACAGGAUAGUAUUUAUUUUUUACUGUGGAUGUUCUAGAAUCAUUCCCUUAUUCUGAAAAACGUUUACACUCUGAUGGCAUAUGAUAAACAGCACUAUUAGACUACUGACCGUGUCCUGUGUGUGCACUAGUGCUUUCCUCAGAUGUAAAGGUUUGAAUGUGAACAUUAUUAUAGC